AUGGCGGAUAAAAGUAAACUUACCACAGGGGCUAAUGCAUCAAGCUCACAGCAAAGCAGUAAUGGCUGGAGCAAUAAACGCCGACACAUUACGGCGCUCAUCCUUGCGAGAGGAGGUAGCAAAGGAAUACCCCUGAAGAACAUCAAACUGCUUGCCGGAGUCCCGCUUGUGGGAUGGGUGCUUCGGGCAGCGCUGGACUCCGACCUCUUUGACAGUGUUUGGGUAUCAACGGACCAUGAUGAAAUUGAGAAAGUGGCCAAAGCUUGGGGGGCACAAGUCCACCGUCGCAGUCUUGAGGUUUCCCAGGACUCAUCUAGUUCCUUGGAAACCAUGCAAGAGUUCGUCCGGCAGAGGCCAGAAGUGGACGUUAUCUGUCACAUCCAAGCCACCUCGCCCUGCCUGCAUCCACGCCAUCUUAGAGAAGCACUGCAAGUGAUCUUAGACCAGGGUUAUGAUUCUGUCUUCUCCGUGGUGAGGAGACACCAGUUCCGUUGGGAGGAGGUCAAACAAACAGAAGGCAGAUGCUCUAAACCCUUAAACAUAAAUCCAUCCAAGAGGCCACGUCGCCAGGACUGGGACGGAGAGCUGUGUGAAAAUGGCUCCUUCUACAUCAACACGAGAGAGCUCAUUGAGAAGGGUGUCCCUCAGACAGGGAAAGUUACUUACUAUGAGAUGCCUCCAGAAUACAGUGUAGACAUUGAUGUGGACAUUGACUGGCCUGUUGCAGAACAAAGAGUUGUCAGGUAUGGGUAUUUUGGCAAAGAGGAGCUGGAGGUGGUCAACCUGCUGUUUUGUUCUGUGUCAGGCUGUCUGACAGAUGGACACUUAUACAUAUCGAUAACUGGAGAGGAGAUGGUGUCCAUCCACAGUAGAGACCUGAUGGGCAUCCACAUGCUUCAGAAAGAUGGUGUGGAGGUGAUUCUGAUCUCCUCAAAAGAUGAUCCCGUGUCCAAAACUCUGGCAGACAAACUUGCCGAGCGUGCAGGUUGCAAAGUGAUGCAUGGGGUGGAACAACGGCAAGUUGUAGUAGAGCGUCUCAUGAAAGAGAGAGGGCUGGUAUGGAAGAAGGUGGCCUACCUGGGAACUGACAUACUGGAUGUGGAUUGUUUGAACCUGGCUGGGCUGAGUGCAGUAGCAAGUGAUGCCCCUGCAGAGGCUCUCAAUGCAGCUAAGUACAACUGUCAUAGCCCUGCAGGAAGAGGGGCAGUCCGGGAGUUUACCGAACAUAUCCUGUUACUGAAGAAGAAAGCCAAGUCCAAGAUGGACCAAGACCGCAUUGACCGAAUGUCCUUCUAGCUCAAGAUCAGUUAGAAAGAUUCUUCAGAUAUAGGUCCCAUCUGAGACUUUGCAGCUGUUUAAUUUCAUGCAGAUAUACAAAGUUAACGGCAUUAGACAAAUCAGAUAUCGGGAUCUACUUUGCCAUUGCUGUUGUUUUCUAUAUUCCUAGACAAUAAGAGUUUCCCUUUUCGGUGCAAUCAAUUAGAACAUAAAGAGCACUGAGGCACUUGAAUGGUAUAAGGAAGGAAUUGUACUUGUCUUUGCACUUUGAAGAGCAGCUGAUAGACACAUAUAGCUUGG